GACCCAGCCGCAGAAGGCGCCGGACAUGGAUGCUGAGCCACAAGGCCCGGUCAAAAUUCGGCGAAAGGGAGGCAAGCUUUACGAGGUCACCCACAAAGCUGUUGCGAUUCGGUAUUUGCCGUCUACGACAGCAGACAUGGUCGGAACGAGGAUCUUGGGCCAACUUGUUGAACUCUUCGAGGAUAGUGCCGAUGGGAAAUGGCGGAAGAUGGAAGAUGCCGAAAGCGGCCUGCAAGUGUUCCGCGCACUCAUGUCUUGCAGUGUGCUUCAUUGGUGCCUAUGCCGCAUGCCUAUGCCUGCAGCAUCCUGCGGCAUGGAUGGAGUGGCAGGCAUGCGAAAGCUUGCUUGGGCAGCAGUGGCAGCAACGGCUGCCGAAGAGUCUGAAUGUGCAAAUGGUGAUAUUGUGAGAAGUGACGCGCUCGGCUCCUUGUCUGGUCUAACAGUCGAUGCACGCCGCAUGCGCUUGCCAAGCGCACCGCCGCUUCAUGAAGCCUUCGAGUCUAUGGAGAGAAAGCAAAUCCAGACGAAGGCCGGCAAGCGCGUUCCUGAGCACGGGAACAUCUCUUCUCUUCUGCUGCUGGGCAUUGGUGGCUCCGCUCUUGGCCCGCAGCUCCUUUCGGAGGCCUUGGGUCCAGGAUCACGGCGGAUUGCCUUCCUCGACAACACGGAUCCGGAUGGAUUCUACGCAGUGCUAAGCACAAUCGAUGCAGCCUCCACCUGGGUUCUGGUGGUGUCCAAGUCGGGUGGGACGGUCGAGACGCGCAACGCAUUGGUGGAGACAAAGGCUUUUUUCGCCUCCCGAGGGGUGGACUGUGCUCGCCACCUUUUGGCAGUGACAUGCGCCGGGUCACGCCUGGACAAGCUUGCCAUGGAAGAGAGCUGGCAUGAUAGGCUUCAUGUCUGGGACUUCGUUGGUGGUCGAACCUCCUGGACUUCUGCUGUGGGCCUGCUGCCUGCGGCACUUCUGGGCCUGGAGUGGAGGUCUCUCUUGAGGGGCGCGGCAGCAUGCGAUGCCGUCACUCGGACCUUUUCCACAGAGAACCCUGCCAUCCUGCUAGCUCGGUCCUGGCACGCUCUGACGGGGAGGGCAAUGGUGGUACUUCCAUACAGGGACCGGCUGCAACUGUUCGGGCGUUACUUGCAGCAGCUUGUGAUGGAGUCCCUCGGCAAGGCCAAGAACUUGCAGGGAGCCUUGGUAAACCACGGCUUGACCGUGUAUGGCAACAAAGGAUCCACGGACCAGCACGCGCUUCUGCAGCAACUUCUUGACGGUCCAGAUGACUUCUUUGCUCUCUUUAUUGCGGCACUAGAAGGUGCUCACGACAAGGAAAGCAAGGAGGUGGAAGUUGGAGUCACCAGCAGUGAUUACCUGUUGGCUUUCCUUCUUGGCACACGGCGAGCGUUGACCCGUGCUGGACGCAGGAGCCUCACCAUCACUUUGCAGCGUGUGGAUGCAUUUCAUCUCGGGGUGCUUAUCGCAUUGUUCGAGAGAGCGGUCGGGCUUUAUGCUGCGCUGAUUGGAGUCAAUGCCUACAACCAACCAGCUGUGGAGUCCGGCAAGCGUGCUGCAGCGGAUGUUCUCAGUCUCAUGCGCAGCCUCGGAAACAACGUAACAUUGGCUGCCGAAGACGCAGAGCCUGAUGACCUAGAGAUGCUCCGCGAGUACUUGGCACUUCCCAGCCGGUUAGGCGCCCUUCUGCGUGCUGUGGAGGACGUGGAGCUCUUAGUUUCCAUCCCGCGGGAUAAAACAGUUGGAGGAUUUCUUGAGUCGAGCAGCAGUCCCGGCAUCGGCGGCGGCGAACAAUUGGAGCCACUCGCUGGCUGCUUGAAGCGCGUGCUUCAAGACGGAUGGAAUGUGACACCCUGCUGGCCGAGUCCAUGGGGCCCGUACGAUGCAGGUCAAGUUGGAGCUGCUCCUUCGCACCCAUCUUGGAGCGAUCCCGUCGACAUCUAUGACGCUGACAGCAAGCACCUGGGAGUGCGCACGGCUUGGGAGGCUCAGACAACAUGCCUGUGGCACCGGACUGUUUAUGUGGUUCCACGACUGUUGGAUGGCCGUGUACUCUUCCAGCGCCGCGCUGAUUGGAAGUGGCGAAUGGGUGGCUUCUGGGAUCUAGGUGCCUCAGAGACUGUGGAGGUGGCUGAAGACCUCCCCACAGCAGCGCAGCGAGCAGUUCAUGAGGAGCUUGGGAGCCGUGCAGUGCUGCCGGCCCUGUCAGAAUGCUGUCGCCUGAACACAGGUUGGAGCGGAGCAAUGCCAAAGAUGCAGCUUUGCCAGUUAGAUCAAAAUAUCGUCUACACCGCCCUCGGCAACCUUAGUGCUGAUGCGGGCGAGCGCGAUGAGGAAGUGGACGCACUUGAGUACUGGUCACUGGAGGAUUACAUCAGAGAAGCAGACUUGAACCGCUACAAGUUUGCUCCCUGGGCACAUGCCCUUAUCGUCGGCUGCCCACGCUGCUUUGGCACAGUCUCAGCUGAAGAGCUCUAA